CAUCACUCGCCGUAGCUCUCCGGGCAAAGGAAGCCGCUCUUGAUUGCAGUUCACGCCGAAGCAAAAUGGCCGCCAGGAUAGUACUUCUUCUGGCCCUUGUCAGUGUCGUCUUGUCUAGACCAGCGGACGAUGCGGGAGCAUUUGAGCCAACGGUGAGAAAGGACGACAUGGACGCGGAGGGCGCAGAGUCCCGCAGCUACGGCAGCCACAGCUACGGGCACGGCUACGGAUCUGGCCACGGGCACGGACACGGACACAGCGUGGGUGCAGGCCUGGUGAGCAUCGCGCAGGGAGCCGUGGAUGCUGCGCACAGGGCAGUGGCCGGCCAGCACACGGCGGGUGGACAGGCUGCCUUCCAGGCCAAGGAGAGCCUGGCUCAGAACGCCGCCGCCGCAGCAGCCACGGCGCAGGCUGCGCUCGCCGGAAAGCAGGCAAUCGUCUCGAACCUGGAGCGCGCAGCACGAGAUGCGCACGCGCAGCUGGAGUCUGAGCUGCAGCAGCUGGCUCAGGCACAGCGCGCGGCGACGACGGCCCAACAGGCGUCGGCACAGGCGCAGCAGGAGGUGCGCGCAGCGUCCGCAGCUGUGAAUGCGGCGCAGCUGUCGGCAGACCAGGCGGCGCGCGCUGCUCAGGAGGCGCAGGCCGAGCUGGCUUCGCAGAGCGGCAUGGUGGCAGCUGCGCGCACGCGCCUCUCGCAGGCACAGGCGCAGCUGGACGACGCUCGUGCAGACCUGGCUGCCACGCAGCGCGCCGCCGUGCGCGCUGCCGCAGCGGCGCAGACUGCUCAGACCAACGCGCACCGCCACGGAUAUCACGGAUAUGGGCACGGAGACGGACACGCUGCCCACGACGGCGGCCACGGUGCCGGUUUCGGCUUCGAUGAAGGCUUCAAGAGCGGCUUCCACUAUUAACCAUCCCUUCUAAUCAGUACUUAAAGUGCUGUCCUUAACUCUCAAUAUACUCAAUGUUGUUUCUGUAUUUUUACUUUCGUAAAUAAAUAAGAUACAAAGUA